GUAAAAAUUCUAUUUUCCCGCCCCCUCCCUGCACUUUUAUCGUGAGAAUCCCAUAUGGAUACUAAAAUAUCGUAGGGUGUGAUCUCGAGGGGUUUUUCUCUCAUUCAUUUGAUUUUUCUUCUCAGUCGUGCUUUCUCUCCUUUUUUCCCUUUCUCCUUUUGUUUUGCUUUUCCAUCCAGUUCGUGGGUCACUUUUAUCGCUUUUUUUAUCACCUUUUUGUUGAGGUUCUCUUUUUCAAAAUGGAGCUUCUUGAGCUUCCGUUGCUGGUUCUCGAAGAAAUUCUUAGCCACAUUCCGUACGAUGAUAGCACAACGCUUUCUCGUUUAGCACUUACCUCGCGCGCAUUAUAUCAUCUCUCGGUACCAAGGCUUUAUCACACGCUUCAGGUUGUAGCCUUGGGCGGGAAGGUUGGGAAUCGCGAGGUUCUACGUUCACCUGGAUGGAAGUGGUGGGGUAGGAAGGUUGUCGUAAUUGAUGGGGAAGAGGAGGGCGAUACGGGUGUUGCUUUGGAGCAUGAGGAAGACUGUAGGGAUGACAAUGGGUGGGCGGAGGUCGCGGAGGUGGUCAGCGAGAUGGAAAUUGGGCGAUUAAGGGACUUUAAGUUUAUUAGUCAAAGGUGUGCACCAGCGCAAACGGCGCUCUCAGCCGCGCUAUCGAAGCACUCGCUCCGAACACUGAAACUAACCAUGCACCCGUCUCCAUCCACCGCCACCGCCACUCCCGUUCCCGCUCCCGCUCCCGCUCCCGCCACCAACCCUGCCCCCACUAUUCCCCCGACACCUCCAUCCCCCGAUCCAAUGCUAACAUGCCUAUCGCCAGCCCAACACCUGACCCUGCAAAAGCUCUCGAUAAACCACAUAAACCCCGAUAACGAACCAGAGAUGAUAAGUAUGUACACGACUUUAAAACUCCUCCCACUCACUUCACUCUCUUUGAAGUCGCGUGCCUUUACCGACCUAGAUUAUGUACCCCUACCCGAGCUGCACCCGUCCACACACCUCUGCUCUAUAAAACUCUACGGUUUCGACAUCCCCCCGCCAGAGUACUGCGCCGAGACCUUCUUCAACCCGGCAUACCUGCGCAAGCUCGUACUUUGGGAAUGCCGUGGAUUCGAUAGCCUCCUAUCAUACCUCUCCAAGGGUGUAAGCAGAAAUUGCGGACCCAACCAAGGACUAGAAGAACUGAGUCUAUACACAUGGGAGGAGGUGCCGGACAUAGACGGCGUGAUAACCUUCAUCGCUAGCUGCCGAAGCUUGAAACGCGUGCUUCUGAACCUCAGUAGUUUCACGGAGUCGCAUAUGAAAGCCCUAAUCUGCGCUUUGGGAAACAGCAGGGGCAGUCUGGAAUCACUCACGGUACAGGUUCGCGAGUCAGUGACUACCAGGGCUUUGUAUUAUCGGCCGGAAUGGCUAGCAUCGUUGAAGGGGUUUACGAAGCUGGAGGGGUUGGGCAUGAAUUAUGAGAUGAAGGGACUUAAGCUAUCAAACAUCACACCGACACUUCCCCUCGGCUUGAAAGCUCUAGAGAUUAGGCUGCGCGGAGAAUUACUAGCUAAGCCCAAGACCAAGACUAAGGUCAUCUCUCAAACCCGGGGUAUCGGGAGAGCGAGAGAGAUCCUGAGGAAUGUUCUCAUUAGUGAUGGAGAUUACUUCGAAAUCUCUUGGAAUCUCAAAGUAAAACACGGAGAAAAGGUUUCCGUAGAAGAAUUAGAGUAAGCUUUGCUUUAUUGUUUGUGUCAAUUUUUCGUUUCCGUUUUUCAUCCCCAAUUUUUGUUUUAUUUCCUUUCUUCGGCUCUGGUGCUUGCUUUCCUGCUUGUUUCCGGGGAGUUAUAGUGUCCUACUUUUCACAUAAA